AUGAGUGGUAGUGCCAACUCAGAAAACAGGCUUCGUAUCGUGGUUGUAGGCGGUGGCAUAGCAGGCCUCGCCGCCGCUGCCGUUCUCCGGCAGAAGCACAACGUCGUUGUCUACGAUCGCGAUGCGGAAGACGCACCGGAGAGAGGUGCCGGGAUCGGCCUGGGGCCAAACGGGAGCAAAAUGCUCAAAAAGGCCUUUCCAUUUAGCCCCGAGAACGUCAAGGCUACGGUCUGCUCCGGCACGAGGACUUACGACAAGGAAGGAAAUCUGCUGAGGGAGGUCACCGGCGUUACGGAACCUUUCGGAGGCGAGUGGUUAUUGAUGCAUCGCCAGGACUUGAAGGCCGAGUUAUUGAGGCUUGCGACCUGGGACGCAGCCAAGCUUGGCAUUUCAGGGCCACCAGCAAGAGUAGUGCAUGAGAUGGAGGUAACUGAGGUAGAUAUCGAAGCAGGAAAGGUCACUUUGAAAGACGGGGAGGUUGUUGCUGCGGAUGUUAUAGUUGGAGCUGAUGGCAUACACUCCAUCGUCCGACAAGCCAUCCUCGGCGGCGAGUCAGAGAUGAUUUCGGCGGGUGUCUCAUUAUACCGCUUCGUAUACCCAUUAGAUAAAGUGAAAGAAAUCCUCGGGGGGCUUCCAGAUGCCCUUGAUCCCAAGGGGGGAGGGUUUUUAAACUUGAUGACUGCCAACGAUGAUUUGAACCGAAACAUCAUAUUCUAUCCAUGUCGAAAUUACACCAUUCUCAACGUCGUGGCUCGCGUUCCCGACAGCAUUCUCGCACAAGACAGCGAGACAUCAUGGAGCGCAGAGGGAAACAUAAAGGAGAUGUUAGAGCAUUUCAGUGAUUUUGCGCCGUGGAUGCUGGACAUCAUAAGACACGUCGACAACGUGAGACUGUAUAAAGUCAAAGAUGCAGAUCCACUAAGCCAUUAUGUGGGCGGGCGCGCCGUGAUAAUCGGCGACGCAGCCCAUCCAAUGACGCCCUUCCAAGGCCAGGGCGCGACGCAAGCGAUUGAGGAUGCCGAGGGUCUUCGGCUGCUCCUUCAUGACAGAGUAGACGCCAACAACGUGUUUGGAGUAUUGCAGACCUGGGAUUCAGUGAGGAGACCAAGAGCCUCACAAGUGCAGAACAACUCUCGUCACGUCAUGGAUAUGUCGGCGCAGGCCCAACUGGAUCGAAUGAGAUUGAAUUGGACGAGUGGGAAUUGGCACAUGGGAGGAAGUGCGGUGACCUCCAAUCACAUCUCCCGCCGAGGCUACGCCGUCGAGAAGAAGGCGGAGAACACCCGCUCAUAUACCGGCGGCGACCAGCCGCCCCCGGCCGGAUCGCAACAAAAAGUUCCCACACGCCCGAGCGAGGUUAACAACCGCGCCACUCUAUACACGAUCGGCGGCGUAGCAGUUAUCCUAGGCGGAUUUUUCGCCUUCCUCACAGGCUCGCCCGAUCGCGCCGCCGGCGUCGCAGACGCAACUACCCGCGGCGGCGGCGGCUCGCUACUAUCAGGACCGUUGAGCGGCAAGGAGGGCGGCGAGAAGGAUCUGGAGGCCCAUACCGGCCUUGACCAGAACCGGAGCACGGGUCUGGCGGGCCUCAAGAGCGACGCGACGAACCCUCACGCCCGGAAAGCGAAGAACUAA